AUGGGGAUAAGGUCCGGGGCUACCCUAAUGUUCUCGGGGAUAUUACUGGGUCUGGUGGGCAUGACUUUCACAGACAUGGGCUGGCUCAAGUAUGGUGUCAGCUGCAGUUUCAAGUGGACCCAGCUGCUCAGCCCCAUUCUGCUCUCUGUAGGAGGCACCUUCGUCCUAAUCAGCAUCUGUAAGUUCAGGAUGCUCUCCUGCCGGGCAUGUAAGCAGAGCGAUUAUGACAAAGACCUGUCUGAGUCGCUGGAGAUCCAAGGGUCUGGCCAAUCAUUUGUGUUCAACUGGAUCAAUCAGCCAAUCAUGUUCCACGGAGCUACAGUGGGGCAGUAUAUCCCGGCUCCGUACGGAUCAGUGACACAGGAAUUUCCCUGUCCCGAUGGAGGUCCGACCAAACGAACAUGCAAUAAUCCGCCCCAGUCGUCCUGGCUCAGCGGGCCCCAGAGCUGCAGCCCUCGGUCCCGGGACUCCAUGGCCUUUCAUCUCAAUCCCAUCCAACCACUCUCCAGCCUCCUCACAAGCACCACCACCCACACCACAGCCUCUGACCCUCAACCUCCAACCCCUGACUCCAUCAACACAGGUCUGGCUCCUGACAUUGUAUUACACAAGGAUUACACCAGUAACAAGAUGGUUGUGGUCUCUAAGUCCAUGUCAUUGUGUCACGAUCGUCGUAUUGAGUAG